AUUUUUUAAGUUUUAACGCAUAAUUUAUCUACAACUUUAACAAUAUUUAUUAUACUAAAGUGCAGGUUCUCUAUAUCAUUUGCAGUCUUUUAAGAUAUACAUAUUCAUUUUGACGGUUGUUUCGUUCUACAGUAAAUUGUAGACGCGAUUUGCGUAAUAAAAGAGUUUCUUUUGCGUGACUUUCGCGGGUUUUCGUGCAUUUCGUGUGCAAAAUGAUGCGGAUACCCAGAGGGAUUUCUCCAGCUUCUGGAAGAGGCGCAGUAUCUGGGCUCUCGUGCCCGCAGAAGAAAAUGUUCUCCGCGGUGAGGACGGAUUUUUUCAACACGGGACUCUCAAGCCCACCGAUGAAUUCGGUACCGGCUGGAUACUUCACUCAAAUCGGGAACACGACAGCUGCGGAGCAGAGACCCAACUGUUUGUACGCGACCCCCCACGGGCCGGAGCCUAAGCCGAUGCGGACCUCUUCCGGACGGCUGCCGGCCAAAAGAAGACUAGAUCUAGAAGAGCCGAUUUAUCUCCCAGAAUUCCGCACACCUAAAGGGAAAGGAAACUCUGCAUGUGCAAGGGCACCAAGCCCCAAAACUCCCAAGUCUCCAGGGGAGCGCACACGUUAUGACACUUCCCUUGGCCUGCUGACUAAGAAAUUUGUGGGCUUGCUGAGUGAAUCAGCUGAUGGGGUUCUGGAUCUGAACUGGGCCACAGAAGUUCUGGAGGUUCAGAAGAGACGGAUAUAUGACAUCACAAAUGUUUUAGAGGGUGUGCAACUCAUCCGCAAGAAAUCCAAAAACAACAUCCAGUGGCUUGUCAGUGGAGUGUUUGAGGGCUCAUCCUCCAAUUUAGAGAAGACCAGCGCUCUCAAGAAAGAGCUUUCUGAGCUGGACAGGCAGGAAAAAUCUCUGGACGACCUCAUUCUAUCCAGCUCAACACGGCUACGUGAACUGACAGAGCACAAGGACAACCAAAGAUUAGGAUAUGUGACCUAUCAGGACAUUCGUACCAUAAGCAGCUUGAAAGAUCAGACUGUGAUUGCUGUGAAAGCACCAUCUGAAACCAAACUGGAAGUUCCAGAAGCAUCUGAGGGCUCGCUGCAGAUUUACUUGAAAAGCAAGAAUGGCCCAAUUGAGGUGUACUUGUGUCCUGAAGAAUGUUUGGAGGAUGCUAGUCCCAUCAAGAACACCACACCCAGAAAAGAUUACCCACAAACCCCCAGCGCCACCACACCCUCUGACUUCCCACCUGCCAAACCCCAGCCAGUCGAAGGUUUGCCUUUAAAGCCUCAGCCUUCGAUGACUGGCACCAGCGGCAGCACCUCCCUGCUCGAUGUGGAGGGGAUUCUGGAUCUUCCUCCCAGCCUUCUCCAGAUCACUGAAGACCAGCUGCCUGGGAUUGCAUUCACAUCCGAUGCUUCUGGGCCCUUUGUUAACUUUUCUCCUCAGCUCAGCCACGACGACUACCUCUGGGGUCUGGAGGAUGGAGAAGGAGUUUCUGACUUCUUUGACACAUACGAUCUGGGAGAUCUGCUUAAAACAUGAGGCAUCCAGUGUGACGGAAGUGCGAUUAAUGGUGUGAGAUUUCAAUUGUAAUUAAUUUAAUUCAGACACAGUUGAAUUUUUAAAACACUCCUUCACAUAAUGACAGAUUUAAGUUUGUAUAAAAUGCACUACUGAAUUGGCUUAAUCGGUUCUGUUCCUGAUAAAGAGAGUAAAUUUGGGAUGGGACCAUGUCUUAAUAUUUUAACUACUUAUAGUGAAUAGAAUCUGACAAUAUUGUCAACAAGCGCCUUCUAGAGGAGAUCCAUGUGUUAGGUUUAGUACACUAUGAAGCCAUACUUUUUAUUUCUGUCAGCCAUAUUACCUUAAGUAAGGCAUUUUGCUUAGUUUAGAUAUUUUUGUCAAAACAAAAACUGAUUUGUCAUUAUUAUUUCAAUUUUAAGUUAUGAUAUGUUUUUGGUCAUUAUUACUUGAAUAUCGGUGAUAAAAUCAGGCCUAGGUAUUUGCCUUUCAUAGAUAUGAGAUAGAACUUACUGUUUAUUAGUAAAUCUUCAAUGAGAUAUAUGGAACUCAGGUAAUUUUUAAAGCUUUUCUAGAGCUUUAAUUAUUGUAGUACUGCCAAACAUUGCCAGUAGAGGGCUAUGUGACCAUUUUUAGCAGUCGGCAAACAAAGGUGCUUUUAAAGAUAUGUAGAGAAGUGAAUCGUUAUAGAGUAAAGUUUUGAGAACGUGUUUGAAAGGCAUCUUCAUAACCAGACUUAACUGAACCAGAGAUCUGAACCUCAAGCUCUUUCAGUCUAGACAGUAAUAGGUGCUUAUCUGUUCAUUCUACCUUCAUCUCUUAGUUUUAGACACUGCGAGGUAGUACCUUGAUCUUGUAAAAGUGGCCUUUCCCACUGCACUGAGUUAUGAUUGUGUAGUACUACAUGGGUCAAGAAACAAGGUUUUACCAUUGAUGUGUCUGUUUAUGAGCAACCUCAGGGAAUGUCCAGAUUUGGCAGCUGUUUUUUAUUUGUAUUUUUUUAUUCUAUUUUACUUUUACAUUUCCGAAUAAUUAAUUCAAAGUGAUAAAUUAGUGAGGGAUUUUCUUGUAUGUUUAAUCCAUUUUUCCUGAAAUUACAGUAGUGGAGUUCUCAGGGUUCACUACUCCACUCAGAGUAGUUUAGAGACUUUUAAUGGCAUCUGGAAGAAACCUUUGAUACUGUUUGAACACUGAACUGCUGGGAAUACAAAGUGAACUUUGUUUCCAGGGUGUUUUUUUUUUCCUAUUUGGAGUUGGGAUUCUUGCCCCACCUGAAUGGUAGGUUUAUAGCUGCAGAGGCAAAGCAGAAUUUAACUGUUUUUGUCUGGUGUGUGUAGAAAUACUCUUACUGAAAACACCCGUCUUAAAUGUAGAGCACAUAUGGGUCUGGAUACAAUAUGGAAAAGCUUGAUUUUUACAACUAGUUUCCCACACCAAGUUCUGCAGUGAAAAUAAUUCUUUUGAAGCAAGCAUUUCUCAGUCAGACUGAACAAAGACUUGAAUUUAGCAGCAUUCGGGAAACCUGAUCUGGUUGAUUCAGCAUUUGUUUAUGGGUUGGGGUGGUUUAAGAGCAGUUGUUAAUCAGAUUUAAUAAUUGAUUAACUUGCCUUUUGAAAUAUGUACAAAUGUUUUACUUGGGGUUUGCUUCAUGCAACUGUCCCACAUGCGGACAACUGUCCUGUCCUAACAAACUUGAAAAAUGUGUGUCUGUAUAUGCAUGAGUGUGCUGAAGUGUGAACUAAUUUUUGGCAGUUUUGUGCAUUUGAUUGUAGUUUAUAGUGUGUUUUAUUUUUUUAUUUUAUUUUUAUUUUUAUUUUUUGGGGGGGAUGUUUUUAAAUAAGCAUUAUGAUUAUUAUAAUUUUUUUUUUAAUUGUACAGAAUAAUAAUUUUGUAUUUAUAGGUUUUGCAUUUGAAGGAAAUUGGUGAUUGUCUCAGGAUGUCAUUUUUAUAGACCGUCUGUUUAACAGGCAGCACUUAAUAUUUGAUAUUGUGGUGUUUAAAUGAAUAAAGCCCUGGUAAUGCUCAAA